CGAACAUCAUCUCCGGCGACUUAGCAAGCGUUGAACGUACUUUCAUCUUUUAUACGUUGGAAGCUUAGCUCGGAGGCCUGAGGAAAUCUGAAGCUUAACCAAAAAUUGUCUUGAUCUAGUACGCCACCGAGCUUGAUAACACCAACGAUGGCCUCCGACCUUUCUUCAUUACUGAACUCGUCAAGAGCUCUGAAUUCGCAUCUUUCACGACCUGAUCUUCCUUCCGUCAACCUUUCACUAGAUCAGAUAGAGGCACAGUCACGUCGGCUCGUGUCACGACAACCUGGAGCAUCCAGCGAUGCCGACCGAGCAAACUACCUUUUGGCACAGGCUCAUGUUGAUGCCCCUGCCCUUGCCAACUCCAUCGCACACUUGAAUACGUCGACGACUUUCUCUCCCCUCCAGCCCCUCCAAGACACAGAUGUCGCAGGCUAUCUUCGGCACGCUCACGAACAGAAUCUUAUUUCAACGAUAGAAGAAGGUCGGAGGGAAACUCAGGAGCAUUUUUAUCGUCUGCUUGAGGAGCGCAGCCACAAAGACUGGGAGGCCAAAAAGAGACGCGUGUUUGAAGAGCUGGGAGGUCGUGCUACCAGUGAUAGUAAAGCUCUUGCUGAAAUGAAAAAGAGCUUCCAUGGAAAGGCAGCGCUGGCGGCAAGCACAGGACCCAGUUUGACUCUCCAGAUGCAAAGCAAGAUGAUGGCAUAUGACCGUGCAAUCAGCGAACUGAACGCUGCAAGGUCGCGCGGAACAUCUUGUCCCAUCAUCCAUCUCCUUAUGCAAGCCGCUGCUAGCUUGAACUCAGAGCCUUCCUCACAACAAAUGCUUCAAAACUUCCACCACGCAGGCGCUCACAUCUUGAACGCCCCCCUUUUCGAGCGCAAAUACGCGCGGGUAUACCUGGGGGAUAGCGACUCCCGGGAGGCCGCAGCUCUGCGGACACAGAUUGCCAAAGGCUCACAAGAAGCUCUUGAGGAUCAGUUUUGGGAUAUAAUUGAACGCACGAUCCAGUCGAGACCUAUGGAAGCCCGCCUUGGAGGAGACCCUAGUGUAGCAAACAAAAUACGCGCCUUCCUCCUGAUGAGAUAUUACAAAAACGGGCAGUGGGAAGAUCGGAUAGAGCUUGUCGCUGGUCAGCCUUUGUGGGCUAAGUUGUACUACCUUGUACGCACCGGUCACGCACAAGAGGCCCUUGAUGAAGCCUUGAAGUCGCAGCAAGCCAUUGAACAUCGCGAAGACAGCUUCAUGAGCCACUUCCGCUCAUGGGUCGAGUCGCCAGAAAGACGGUUACCCAAACCCCAUCGUGACCACUUGCAAACAGUAUACAAUGCACAUAUGUUGCAUUCUGCAUCUGCAGACCCGUUCAAGCUUGCACUCUAUAAACUCAUGGGCAAACUCGAGCCUUCGCGGCGAACAGUACCACAAGUGACGAUGACGACCGAGGAUUGGUUGUGGUUCCAGCUCGCAAUGGUCGAUGAAGAGGAAGAGGGUGGCCUCCGUGGGCUCACAGAAGUUCUCCUGAGUUAUGGAGAACGCCACUUCGACGGUGCAAAGAAGGGCGUGUGGCCUGGUGUUUUGCUCAUGUGCGGCCAAUUUGAGCGUAAACAGAAAUCGAGGCCGUUCACCUUGCUAUCGCCCCUUGCAUAUCAUGGGCUUCUACGCGUCCCGUCUCGUGCUGAAACAUCCGACAUCAGUCCUUUGACCUUGUCCCCACUCUCACCUCCCGCACUUAGCCUGCCAAUGCUUAUUUGGCGAUACGUACGCCAGUUCGUCAAGAUGGACGCGAAAGAAGCGCUACAGUAUGUCUACUGUGUCUGUCUCUCGGCGGACCAAGGCGAGGGCGUCGGCAGAGAAAAUGUAGAGACCGCUUGGGAGCUCGUGAGGCGCAUCAUCGUUCUCGCUCACUCAGGUCCCGCCUGGGAAGAGCUUGUCGGUGGAUUUAGACCCGAUGGCACGCGAUUCAGCGGUGUCAUCGAACAGGGUGCUGCCCUUCUCCAUCUGCAAAACACCGCCCAGUACAACGAACAGAUCCUCGUACGCGCCGCCCGCGACUCCGAGGAAAACGACCGCAUUCCUGAGGCGAUCAAGCUCUACAACCUCGCUGGGGAUUACGGCACUGUCAUUUCAUGUCUCGCCCAGGCGCUCGGCAACACCCUGGCGCAGCCAGCAGGUGAAACAGAGAAAGGCAAAAUCAUCGAACGCACGGCUGUUGAGAUUUUGAGACAUUACGAGCGCACGAACCGGGCAGUGGGCAAGGAUCGAGAUGCUGCCGUAAGAUUGUUGCGCAUCAGGGAAGCGCUCAAUGCGAAGAGCUCUGGACGGUUUGAUGUUGUGCUUGAGAUUAUGGAGUCCACGGAUCUCAUUCCUCUCGAUGGAGAUGUUGCAAAGAUUACCCGGAAAGCCGAGGAGUUCAAGGACUUGCAUGAUGCCUUGCAACGCAAUCUACAAGUGUAUUUGCCGCUGACAAUGGAGGCAUUAGCGGCGGUACACCAAUCCAUCAAAAAUUCUGCUACAGCAGAAACCACGAGGCAAAUGACAUUGACAGCACUCAGGAAAAAAUCGAGGUCGCUGAUGGUGUUUGCUGGUAUCCUUAAGUAUAGGAUGUCCCCUGAUGUGUACUCGUAUCUGGCGAGAUUGGAUGUUGAGAUUGCUUUGUAAAAUAUGGUAAAUCAGGUCAGAGUAGUAGUUCUGUAUGUCGUCAAUCUUUGUUUAUCAUAUUGUCAUGAAACCCAGAGGAACGGACUGCGCGCACACCAGGCUGCUCACAUCUCAACA